CAUCAUCCCCAUCAUCAUCCGCGUCCACACACACACAGUCGCACACAGUGAGCAGUUCCGCCUUCUCCCCGCCGACUUUUCCGCAUGUCACAUUUCGAGCACACGCUUCCCUACAAUACUGCGCAGCAGCACCAUGAAGCAGGACGCGUGAUUUGAGCAGAUGUCAAAAGAGGCAUGAUGACAGAAAGGCAGCAUACAUGAUACCAUGAUGUCACCAACAGCUGAACAUGUCAGGACGUAAGGGCAAGGCUCUCUGCGGCAGAGCCGUGCUUUGAGCUUUUCCCUUAGCUGCUCGCUCCAUAGAUCUUCCAAACCGCACACAUAAUCUCCAGUAUCCCUCCACCUGCCUGCCAGCAAGAGGAGAAAAUGGCCACUCAGAGGAAGCACUUAGUCAAGGAGUUCAACCACUUCAUCACCUGUUAUGUGUGUAAAGGCUACCUGAUCAAGCCCACCACCGUGACAGAGUGCCUGCAUACCUUUUGUAAAAGUUGCAUCGUUCAGCAUUUUGAAGACAGCAACGAAUGUCCAAAAUGUGGCAUCCAAGUCCACGAAACGAACCCACUGGAAAUGUUAAGGUUGGACAACACAUUAGAGGAAAUCAUAUUCAAGCUUGUGCCUGGACUUCGGGAAAAGGAACAACAGCAAGAGAUUGAUUUCUGGAGGAAAAAUAAGUCAAAAGAAAACGAUGAUGAUGAUGGCCCACAGUGUAAGAGGAUGAAAAUGGAUGAGGACAUUGACGAUAGAGGGGAUGGAGACUACCACAGAAAUGACCCACAGAUAGCCAUCUGUCUGGACUGUCUGCGAAACAACAGCCAGAUAGGAGAGAACAUAGUUAAGGGCUUAAUGAAGAAAUUUAUUCGCUGCUCAACUCGUGUCACUGUAGGAACCAUCAAGAAGUUUUUAAGCCUAAAGUUAAAGCUUCCAAGUUCUUAUGAGCUAGACGUCCUAUGCAAUGGAGAGAUUAUGGGAAAGGAUCACACCAUGGAGUUCAUAUACAUGACGAGAUGGAGACUUCGGGGAGAAAACGCCUAUCCAAUGGUACUGGAAUAUCGUCCUCGAAUUGACUUUGGCUAAUCUAGAUGGGACUCCUGCACUUUUUUUAAGCUUAGUAAAAGACAAAACAAUGAAUGGACCUGCUGCACAGGAGGGACUUAAUCACACCAUAUUUUUUCAUUUAUUUGAGUUUGUAUUUCCUUGUACUGUAAGUUCUAAACCUUCCCUAUUAAAUUUCUCAUCACAGCUGGGACUGUAAGCUGUCUGAAAACGUAUUUAACCCAAUCCUGGUUUGGCAUGUGUGUCUCAUUCCAUUUGUUGGUCUACCAGAACUGUUGACAUAAUCAGUCAUGACAUUAUAGACCCAAGGAAAUUCACAUGCUGUGAGAUAAUUGCUCAACAAGUGUGUUCGUUUAUCUUAACAUCCUUUUUUCUCUUCUUUCCUUGUUUCAGUAGUUAAAAGUAGUGCCUUUUCUGAACAUCCUGUUGUUGCUGCUCUCAACAGCCUUUUUUCAUUAUUGCCAGAAGUACAUAAUGGCGUCUUAUUAGUUCUAAGCAUCCUUAGCUAUUGAUUAAAUAAGCUACUUGUUUUUUUUAUUUCUGGACAGCAGGGUAUAUGGUGGCCCCUGACAUUUGUUUCAACAAACGUCUUUGUACAUAGAAAGAAGCCUAACUAGGAGCAGUAAGGAAAAGCACUGAAAUCUUGCACUAGAUUUACUGAUGAAACGCUGCUUCUAUAUUAGUGAAUCCAGAUCCUGGGAAAUCCACUUGUAUAAAAAGUACACAAUAAAUAGCUAUAUUAUUUUAAAUAAAUAAAUAAACAAACAAAUAAAUAAUAAUAAAAAAAAAAUUCUGUGAUGAAUUGAUCAUAACUUUUUUUAAUCAAGCGAAAAAAUUCAAUUACACUAAAGCACUUACUUAAAUACCAAAAGGGUAAUGAAAAUUACAUUUUUCUUGAUUUUUUGUUUUCCAUUUAUUUAGACAUUUCACAAUAAAAUAAUCACAUCAAAUCGAGCCCCCAUUUCUACAAUCCAUUCAUCUAAUUUUAUAAUUAUUCUCAUUAUUUAUUUUGGAAAGUUUCGAUGUUUUGUACCAGUGACAUACUUUUAAUACACUUUUUGCAAAGUGUCCCUCACUGACUUUAUUGGGCUUUGGAGAGCUGUGUCAUUUUGUGAUGAAUUGUCCCUCUAUUAACAGUAUGGAAAUGAAUUACAGGUGAUGGUGAUCUUGAAUUUCUUUUUUUUUAAUUCUAAGGAUUUUCAUUAUUGUCCAUUUCUUCACAGAUUAUAUUGAUUUCCUACAGGAUGUCUGGCCAUUCUAGCACUUAGUGUCAUGUGACACAACGUGCCAAAUGAUCGUCUUCAAAAUUAUAUAUUUAAUAGGUUAACUAGUUUAGUCCACAGUUUUCUACCUGAUAUGACUGUACAGAUGUGGCAACUGAUAUAAUCUAUAUCCUUACUAUUAGGCCUUUUUGUAAUACACCAAAGACAGACACACACACACACACACACACACACACACACACA